CGGUUUCUAUGUGCUCACUUCCGGGCCUCUGCAGCUUUGGGUGGUUUGGGCGCGGAAUGCUCUGAGCGCAGCUCCUGAAAGGAUUCAAUGAUCAGUUUUUUCAGUCGUGGAGCGAAGUGCAGCGUUAGUGGUGAGUGCCUUGGAGCCUUAAGGAAACUGCGGUUGGCAGCGUCGCUACCCCGAGGCAUCAGUUGCAAAAAAUUUGAAACACUGUUACAAUUGUUCCCUUUAAAUCAAGAUGUCUAGCAAAGCAAAUGCUUCCAAGAAAAAGUCUCAACAGUUAAAAAGAAAUCCAAAAAGAAAAAUUGAUGAAGAAGCAGAAAUAUCAGAGAAUAAGGUUAGAAACACAGUGAAAAAAAAUAAAAAUCAUCCAAAACAUCUGUCUUCUGAAGUGACAAGACAGACAAAGCAUACUACUCUAAAACAGGUAAAGAUCGCAUCCAGCAAGAGAAAAACCUGGCAGCCUCUUUCGAAGAGUAGCAGAGAACAUUUGCAAACUAUGAUGGAAUCGGUAGUAAUAGCAAUUCUGAGUAACAGUGUUAGAGAAAAAGAACAAAUUCAAUAUCAUCUGAAUUUCCUAAAGAAAAGAUUGCUGCAACUGUGUGAAACCCUGAAAGUCCCUCCCAAAAAGCUGCAAGAUUUAUCUCGUGUGUCAAGUCUACUGAAAAUGGAAAGGGCACAGCACAGAGCUAAUGAGGAAGGUCUAGCAUCUUUGCAGGAAGAAACAGAUAAAAUGGUAGCGACUAUAGAGUCAAUGACUGGGGAUAUUCACAGCCUAAAGAACAAAGUUCAUGUUCUGACAAGUGAGGUGGAAGAAGAAGAAAAGAAGAUAAAACAGAUGUUUCAAAUAGAUAGUGGGGUGCUCUCUCUUCCUGAACUUUCUCAAAAGAGUCUCAGAGCACCCAUCCUUCAGAGAGAAAUUCUGAUGCUAAUUCCAAAUCAGAACGGUCUUCUGAAGGACUUGGAAGUUCUCCAUAAUUCAUCCCAGAUGAAGCACAUGUUCACCUUCGUUGAAGAAGUCUAUAAAAGACUGGAUGCCUCUUAAAGAGUUGUUUUGUUUUGUUUUUUUGUAGAUUGUCCCAUAUUAAUUUAAUGUUUAUGAAUUUGUAAAAAUGUUGAUCUAUGUGAUAUUGCAAAGGCUGAGGCUUCUUCAGAUACGCACUUUAAAAUUAACCUCUAUAGAUCUACCAUAAGCAUCUAAUGUAGGCCUUAAAGACUGUUUUUAUCAGUUCACAAGCCUAGGAACUCACAUUUAUGUUACUGUAUCUCCAGUUAUGUGCCCAUAACCAUAGUGAGAAUAGCCACAAUCUGAUGGUUUAUAAUGGCUGGAUAGAGCUUGUUUAUCGUUUAAUGCAAAGCAAGUGUGAUACUAUGAUUUAAUAUAUGUAAAUAGUUUAUAGUGCCUAGCACAUAAAAACAUAAACAUAA